AUGCUCUUCUGCACCCGCUCCCUCAUCUGGGGCGGCCUCUUGGCCAUAGCCGGCCUAACAACCGCCUCCCCAGUUGCCACUGGCCCCCUCCCCAUCGCCAUCCGCGACAACACCUCUCCCCCCUCUUCCCUCGAACACCGCGACUACAACACCACCUCCCUCUCCCCCGUCGUCUCCCUCCCGCCAACCAUCCAACAAGACCUAACUACCCUCCUCUCCCCCUCCGCCCUCGUCAUCCUCCCCUCCUCCCCUUCCUUCUCCCAAUACACCCACCGCUGGUCCCUCAACACGCACACCAACUCCCCCUCCUACGCAGUCAUCGUCGUCCCAGCCUCCGAGCGCGACGUCUCUCUCACCAUCCAAUACGCCAACGUCCACUCCAUCCCUUUCCUCGCCACCACCGGCACCCACGGCACCUGGCAGGGUCUGUCGCAGCUGCAGGGCGGCAUGGCCAUCUGGACGCGCAACCUGACCAAGAUGGAGUUCGCUGCUGACGGGCAAUCCGCCACUCUCGGUGGCGGGUUACGUGGUGACGACGUUGUCCCCGCCCUUUGGGCUAAGGGGAAACAAACCACCACCGGCUCCUGUCGGUGCGUCUCACUGCUAGGGCCGGCGCUGGGCGGUGGACACGGUUGGUUGCAAGGGCAGUAUGGAUUGGGAGCUGAUCAGAUCUUGUCUGCGCGGGUGGUGUUGGCGAACGGCACGGCGGUGAAGGCGUCGAACACGGAAAACAGUGAUUUGUUUUGGGCGUUGAGAGGGGCCGGACAUAACUUUGGGGUGGUCACGGAGGUGGAGUAUAAGUUGUAUGAUGCGGUGAGGCCGGAGUGGACGUAUCAGAGUUAUACGUUUACGCAGGACAGGCUGGAGGAGGUGUACAGGGUGCAUAAUGAGGCGAUGAGGAACCAGAGCGUGUUUGUGGUUUAUUGGAGUCUUUGGAGGUGGGCGCCUGAGGUUGAUCCUGUUCAUCCCAUCCUAGUCUCAACAGUCUACUACAACGGCCCCCCCUCCGAAGCUGCCUCCUACUUCGCCCCCUUCGCCGCCCUCUCCCCCCUCGACACCACCCCCGUCCUAACAACCGACUACCCCGGCCUCGCCGCCGCCGCCCAAUUCCGCGUCACAGACUGGGCCUGCCAGCCCAAAGGCGGCGCCACCGUCUACGGCAUGGACGUCGACACCUACGACGUCAGAGCCCUCCGGCAAUCCUACAACGCUUUUAGGGAUAUGAUCCGCACCGAACCGGCCCUCUCCCUCUCCAUGGCCUACCUAGAGGGUUACGCCCUCCAAGCGGUGCAAGCAGUCCCCUACGAGAGCACCGCGUUUGCGCUGCGCGACCGUAAACUGCUGUAUGGGUUCCUGGUGACGUAUGAGGACAACACCACCGCGACGAGGAACAAGACGCUGGAUGCACAGGCGCAGAAGUGGGGAGAGAAGAUUAGGGAUGCGGCGUAUGGGGAGAAGGUCAAGCAGAAGAGCGUUUAUGUGAAUUAUGCUAAGGGGAGUGAAAGUCUGCAGGCUAUGUAUGGGUAUGAAGGGUGGAGGCAGGAGAGGUUGAAGAUGCUGAAGAGGAAGUAUGAUCCGAAGGGAAGAUUUAGUUUUUAUGCGCCUAUUAAGGCUUGAGGGGGGUUGGGAGCGGGUUCAUUGGGAUGUGGGAAUAGGGAAGGGGGUUGUGUUGGGAAGAGUUUGAGAGGCGGGUUGGUGUUGGGGUGGAAAGAGGACGGUUGAAGGUUUAAGACAAGGAAGAGUUGGAUGUG